CGGCGCCUAGCUAACAAGAAAUAUUGAUGGUCUUGACUCCACUCGACUGACCGUUUUGCAGCCUCCAAAGUGUGGGAGACGGCUGGUAGAGACGCGUUUGAGCCCCAGAUACGUCAUAAAAUGGACGUGCACUAUCACGAUCAAGAUUGGAGAGCCGGACUUGGAAGCCUUUUGUAGAGGGCGGCCGCCGCAUGCUUCUCUGGACUUUUCGAUAUCGAAUAGAGCAGUCUUGCUUCCUGUCGCUUUCUGCUUUCCUUGCCGCCUUCGUUUGUUUGUUGGGUAUUCUACAUUCGCAUACAUCAUGGCUAUCAAUUCGCUACUACUAUCGGCCUCGUGCUUCACUAUCGCACAUGCCGCCAUCUCCCUAACACCGGCCGCCAACGCGCCUGCAGCUUCUGGCAUUUCACAAGUUCUCAGUCCUUCCUAUGCUGGCCUCGGUAUCGAGCCUUCCAACUUGUUUUCAUUCACUGGCAAAGACACUCCUAAUCAACUUUCCAUCAAUCUCCUCCAACAUCUCACAAACUAUUCCGGCGCACCUCCGCAUCUCAGACUUGGCGGCAACACUGGCGACCACAUGGUAUGGGAUGCAUCCUACGAUGCAUUCAACCUUGGCAAGAACCCCAAUCAAGAGGAGACUGGGCCCACUCCUGCAGACGGUUCGGUUUUCGGACCUGGCUACCUAGAGGCUCUCGAGCGUUUCCCCAAGGGCAUGCCCAUCACUUUCCAGCUGAACAUGGCCUACGAUGAAGGCGAUUACCUCGACCGCAUUGACGAAGCUGCUGCUGCCGUUGUCGACGGUCUCAACAACACUUCGCUCUACUCGUUUGAGAUUGGCAACGAGCCCGAUUUGUAUUUGCAAGGCUGGCAAUUGCAGAGAAACGGCACUUGGAACGGUCAAAUCUACACGCAGCAGUGGUUGGCAAGAGCUGAGUCGGUAUGCAACAACGUCCUGAAGCCGCGAGGAAUGGACUGCAACUUCUUCGAGGCUGCCCAGACGGCCUCGACCAUCUCGACCACUUUCACCCUGAAGGACAUGGUCGACGCCGGUAUCUCCGAAGACCACAACGGCACUACCUAUCUCUCUUCAUGGAACCAGCACGAUUACUUCUACUUUGUCGGAGUCUCGACUUACGACAUCACUCUCAACAUCAUGAUGGACUUUGACAGAACCGAAAGUCAGUUCCAGUACUGGACUACAGAGAUCGAAUACGCUCACUCGACCGGCAUUCCUUACAACCUCCGUGAGAUGGCCAACGUCGGUCCCAUUGGACUGAAGGAUGUCAGCAACACUUUCGGAGCUGCUCUGUGGUUCCUCAACUUCUACUGCUACGGUGCAACUCUCAACAUCUCGUCCGUUGAGAUGCACAUGACCGACAACUCGUACUCCUCGCCUUGGCAGCCCAUCUUCAUCAAUGGAGAGGCCGCCAAUGUCCGUCCCAGCUACUAUGCCAUGGCAGCCAUGGCUCAGCUCAUUGGUUCGGGCAACGGUACUACCAGACUUGCUCCCCUGGCCACCGAGAAUUCCUAUGUCCGUGCCUACGCUGGAUAUGCCAAUGACGAUUUAUCCUCAUUGGUCAUCAUCAACGCUCAGCAGGUCAACACCUCUGCUACCGACAAGGGCAGCAUCGACUUCCAGAUCUCGCUCCCCGACUACAGCGGCCAGACCCUAUUCCUCUCAUACCUCAGUGCUGGAGGUGCUGAUGCUGUCAGCAACGUGACCUGGAACGGUCUCAGCUUCGAAGGUGACAGCAUUGGCUCUGUCAGCACCGCCCAGGACCAAAGCGGUCAGACUGUCGCCCUCGAUAACAAUGGUGCUGCAACAAUCACCGUUCGCGACUCUGAGGCAGUCAUCGCACACCUCGGUGCUCGUCUGGGUUCUCUUCCCGUCACUGUCUCGAACUCUACAUCUUCCGGUUCUGGCAGCUCCGGCUCCGGUUCAAGCUCGAGCAAAACAUCCAGCGCCAGCACUAGCGGCGCAGCAUCCACAACCCUCCUGGCUCUCCUUGUGGCCCUUGUGUGUAUCUUCACAUCCUAGGAUAUUCCCACCUCCUACAACGACUAUUCACCAUCAAACCGGAUAGCACCACCUUAAUGUCUUUUUUCUCUUUUUCACUUCUCUUCUUCUGUACAUGAUAAACGCUUU